GCAGCGCGGCAGGCUCUGCCCCGUUAGCCCGGGGCACCCGGGGGUCUCAGCCAUGGAUUCGUCUCCCCCCAUCCCCGGGGCCCCCCCUGGACUUCUGCAGGUCUGGCAGGAGGAGAAUCAGACCCAAGGCGGGCUCUGGAAUGGGAGCCAGGAGCUGGGGUGGGAAGAGCUGGAGAAGAUGCUCUUUCUCUUCGCGAAGGAGCCCGUCACCAUCAGCCUCACAGUCAUGUACCUGGUGUCCUUCGUGGUGGGCUUCGUGGGCAACAUCAUGUCCAUCAGGGUGCUGACCCGCAAGCGCCGGAGCCGGGUGUCCAGCCUGAGCGCCACCCGCAGCCUCCUCAUCAACCUGGCGGUGUGUGACCUCAUGGUGGUGUGCAUCUGCAUGCCCAUCACCGUGGGCAACCUCAUCUACAAAGCCUGGGUGUAUGGGGACUUCCUCUGCCGGGCAGUGCCCUUCAUCCAGGCCGUUUCUGUCUCUGCCAGCGUCCUCAGCCUGACCGUCAUCAGCGUGAACCGCUACUACAGCGUGCACAACCCUCUCAACGCCCGCUCUUUCUUCACCCAGAAGAGGAUCCUCAGCACCAUCCUGGUGGUGUGGCUGUUGUCCUCGGGGAUAUGCAUGCCCCUCAUCUUCAUGAACAGGCGGGAUGAGAUCGGGGUGGUGGAGGGCUUGCCCCUGGUGUUUUCCAUCUGCAGGGAGAUUUGGCCUCAGGAGAGGCUCAAGCAAGCCUACAACUUCCUGCUCUUCUGUGCCCUCUACUGCCUGCCAGUCCUGUUCAACAUGGCCAUCUGCUUCCUGACGGUGCGCCGGCUGUGGAGCCGUGGCAGCCAGCUGAAGGAGAGCACCGCCCUGACCCGAUCCCUGCCGGCCUCCAGGCUCAAGGUCCGGAGGAAGGUGGCACAGAUGGUGGUGGCCCUGGUCCUGCUGUUCGCCAUCUCCUGGCUGCCCGUCUACCUGAUGGACAUCUGGAUUGAUUUCAACAUCCCCAAGUCUUUGCAGGAUGUGACUCCUUCUCCUUGGAUCCUGCAGCUCAGGCCUUUUGCCCAGUGGCUUGGCCUCACCAAUUCCAGCCUCAACCCCAUAUGCUAUUGCUUUGUUGGGAACCUCUACAGAUCAGCCAAGGAAAUGAAGAGCAAAUACCACCAAAGAAUGGUCUCUCUCUUUAACUUCUCUCUGUCUGAAGGGGCAACUCAUUCCUCGGUCCCAGAGCUGCUCUCUUACCACAGUUCAGUGGAGCCAGCGAGGAAAGGACCCACCACUACCCCUACCCUGGGCAGGAGAUGUCAGGGAGGUCAUGGCCAUAAGAACAAGUGUGGACAGUUGAACUCCUGCCAGCAUCCACCUCUGAACACUGUCUCCAGUGAGAACACUUCCUUGUAAUUCUGCUCAGGAAGUGCCUCUCAUACCCUCAUCUGCAUUUAAGGACUCUAGAGGUCUUUCUGAACCCGGUAUUUUAAUGAUGGAAGAGAACUUGAUUCUAAUAACUCUCGACACAGGUUCAAAAACACUGUGACAGGGAAAGAAACAUGUAAAGAGAGAAAAAGAUGAUGUAUUUUAACUCAGAUCAAAUUUUAAGACAAAUGAUUUUUACUGGGGACAACUGGAUGUGUAGCCCGUUGCCCAGUCAACAGUCACAUAAUUAGAUAGAUCAAGUUCCCAACGAGUGAGCUCUCCCUGCAGCUCCAUCUCUGGAUGCAGAAAUGCUGUUUGGAUACAGCAACAAUUUGACUGCUUGCUGCUUCUCACCCUUGAUGAUGAAGAGCAGCGAUAAGAGGCACUCUCUGCUCCAAAUCCAUCAGUUGUAGUUGCAAGCAGUGAAGAAAAGCUGGAAAUAGCAUCAUAAAAAGUAAUAUAAAUGGAGAAUUUCACACACUUUACCACUUGAGAUUUCAUUGUCUGGUCGUAUUGUUUCACUCCUCCAUGCAAAUAAAUUCUCCUUAUGUGAAGAGACAGUGGUAGAAGUACUAAAGCAACCAUCACCACUCCACAUUUGGAAAUUCAGAAGGGAUAAUGUGGCCUCAGAGGUGAUUUAGGAAAUGCAAUAGGAAAACAUUUUUGGGGGCAUCAGCUCUCUUUCUUACAGUUCCUGUGUAUGGAGUGGAAAGAACUGGGCAUCUAUUAACAUGAUUUGCACUUGAAAAACCAGCCUUAUUCAGCUGUGUCUGUACCAAACAAAGUCGAUGGCAUGUGAAAAUAAAAAUAGAAAGUGGUUUAUAGCUAAUAAAAUCAGAAACAACUAAUGCAAUGCUAUUUGUCUGGGAAGGAGCAAAUCAAAGUGCUUGCUUUUCCUGAGGAUCACAAGUAGGUUAAAACCUAUUUCUUCCCUCAUCUCCUUUAAAGGAGGCUUUGAUAAAUAAAUUGUAUAUUUUUAUUAUGUUAGCAUUGAAAGGCUCCAGUAAAGCUUGAGCAUUCUGUUGUGCUGAGCAGUGGAUCUGUAUUCAUAAAGAAAAGAGACCUUUCUCCCCAAGAUCUAAGUGAGAACACAUCAGACCAGGCAACAGGUAGGAGGAAGAAAAAAAUACAACAAAGAACCAAAAAGCUGGAAUGAAACCAGAGGUGAGCCCCUUCCCUGUGCCUGGCCAAUGCCAGAUGUGAGGGAAUGAGCAUCAUCUCCUGCUGCCAGAACAGCCCGUGCCCUGGCUACUUGUGCCCCAGCACCCAGCACAGCUUCUCUCUCCUCUCAGCAAACCACAGACACAACACAGCAGUGUCCCUGGGAGAGUAUUUUGCAUUUAAUGGAACUCAGGCUUUUGAUGACGGGGGGGCUUUUUAAAAAUUUAUUUAUUUCUGAACAAGGGGAGGAUGUUUUGUGAAAUCUAAGUUUCACAUAAUGUCCUGCUGCCUUCCAGGGGGCCUUUUGCCCACAAAAGACAAAAAAUAGCCAUUCAACCUAACCUUUGUCAUGAUCACUCAAUAGCAUUUUAUUUUAACAAUGAUCUGCCUGGAAAACAGGAUUCCUCCUUUCCAGGCAGUACCAUCCACAAUUUGUAUUCUCUUUGUAUGAACGAAAAAGACAUUACAACUACCCGGAUUUAUGGCUUUUAUGUGUGCUGGAGAUGAGAACAUCUGCAUUUUUGCAGGUGAUAUAGGAGUGUACCUACUGCCUGAUCUUUCAGUAGCUGUGGAGAAAAGCCUGUAGAGAUUUUAUUUCCUCUUUCGAGGCAUAUUUUUAAGGGCUGGCAAAAUGUGGCAGGCUGAGGGCUGUCAAAAGCUCACUCUGAACACCCAGUGACUCCAGGUCUUGCAAACAGAUGGCUUCCAUCCUCAGACCAGAUGUGACACAAUAUUGAAAUUUCGCUACGUUGUCCUGACCAAGAUGUUUAUUCCCACCCUGAGUAAACCACAGUGAAAGGAUCAUGAAGAUGCCAGACCAGCUCCAUUCUGUGUGGUGUCCUGGCUCUGAAAAUGGCCAGGAUCAAAUGAUGCAGUCAAAGGUGCAAGAAAUCCACAUUUUAGUAUCCCAGAGGAGAAUUUUUUUCUCUGAGUUCACAAGCUGAUGCCUGGGUCCUGCCUGAAAGUCUCUGUACCCUCCACAGAGGCAGAAAUACCAGGGACUGUGUACUCCUGAGCCUCCUCAUACACAUGCCCAUGCCUUCCUCCAGCCCCACAGCACUCCUGAUCACUGAGAUAUGUUGUGGCAAAGGCCACUUUCACUGGGCAAGGUUAUCUCCUCUUCACCCUUUUAAAUGUGUUUUGCAGUUUCUUUCAGUGUCCCUGUUUUCCUAUAAUAAAGUCGAAUUGCUCACUUU